UCUGAUCCUGUAACUCUCGUGCUGGUGCGUUUUGGUCAGAUCCACUAUCCUCUUACCUGACAAAAACACCAAGUAUAAAGACCGAGGAGUACAUGGAAACAAAAGAGGAAAAAACACAUGAAGAAGAAGCCAGCAGUGAUACUAAUGAACCUGUGAGGGAUGAAGAGAAGCCAUCUCCACUGGCCGAAGCAAAUGUCAUGAAUGUGAUACUGGUAGCAGCAGAGUGUGCUCCAUUUUCCAAAACAGGUCAUGACUCCCCCUUGUUGUUUUGUUUGAUUUGAUAGGUGGCCUUGGAGAUGUAGCAGGUGCUUUGCCAAAGGCUUUGGCUCGCCUUGGACAUAGGGUUAUGGUUGUGGUUCCUCGGUAUGCAGAGUAUGAAGAAGCUAAAGAUGUAGGGGUACGGAAGAGAUAUGAGGUGGCUGGGCAGGAUAUGGAAGUAAUGUACUUCCAUGGUGUGGAUUUUGUUUUCAUUGAUAGUCCUGUGUUCCGGCAUCUCAGUAAUAACAUUUACGGUGGAAACAGACUCGGUCGAGGACCGGUACAUGAUUUCUCAUACGUGGAUCUACCGGGGCAUUACUUGGACAGCUUCAAGCUGUACGACCCUGUCGGAAGAGAGCACUUCAACAUCUUCGCGGCUGGUCUCAAAGCUGCGGAUAGAGUUCACACCGUUAGCCAUGGAUACUCCUGGGAGGUUAAGACCUUAGAAGGAGGCUGGGGUCUUCACAACAUCAUAAGCGAAAAUGACUGGAAGUUUAGAGGGAUCGUGAAGAGUUUUAAGAUAUAUAGGACUUCCAUCGAAGAGUUCUCAAUAAAUUUCUCGACAAACAUUAAAAUAUAAAAUACUGAUUAAAUAUUAUUGUUGGAUAUCUCAAACUUGUAGAACUUCAGUUCAAUAGUUCUUGAAUAAGAAGUAACAUAUAUAGAAGGUGCUCUUAGUAA